AUAUUUUCAGUUACCUUUACAAAUACAUUGUGGUGUGAUGGAAGUGGUUAACUUCAUAACUCGUUAGCGUAGCCUGUUUGUGUCAUGCAAAGUAGUCGCAUGAUGUCCCAAUGUGUAUCAAGCUUGCUAAGUAGCUAAUGUAGCUAGCUAGUCUGCCGAGGUGGAGAUUGAAUGGCAUGUCUUUCAAAGAGUUAUCAAAAAUGUCUACAGCCAAGCACAGGAUGCGCGAUAAGAAGAUGAGGAACCAGCCGAUCAACGUCACCUAUUCCUCCCAGGGCAGCUCACACUGGAGGAACGGAGGGGACACUCCUACAGGUCGAGGCCAUGAUCUGUCUCCACAUCCAUGGGGCCAUGGGUCCUCCCACUCUGGCCAUGCCCAGGGAGGGGGCUGGGUCCGGGGCCACCAGAGAGAAGGACACGGGGGAUACCCGCAGGCUCUACCCACACACAUCACUGCCUCAGCGUUUGCCAAGGCCCGGGCUGCAGAGGUGAACGCCAUGUUGACGGCCGUGACCAAGACAACAGGCAGCUCCCAUGUGUUUGGAGCUCUUCCUAAACACAUGAGGAGGAGGGCUAUGAGUCAUAACACCAAGAGACUGCCCUGCAGGCUGAGAGACAUGGCCAACAACAUGUUGGAGAAGAGUCAGAAGGCUGGUCAGAAGGUGAAGAAGGAACAGUCCAAGUCCAAGAGCCGUAAAGCCCGGCGUCGCCACGGCAACAUGCUUCUGGAGUUCAACCGUCGCCAGCGGAAGAACCUGUGGCUGGAGACGCACAUCUGGCACGCCAAGCGCUUCCACGUGGUCAAGAGAUGGGGCUACUGUCUGGGAGACAGGCCAACCUACAAGUGUUACAGAGCCUGCUACAGAGCCAUGAGCUCCCACUGUCUUCUACAGGACAUGUCGUACUACUGCUGUGUGGAGUUACAGGGGCCAGGGGAACAGCUGUUAGCUGCUCUGUCUAAGCUGACCAGCAAGGAAACUGGGCCUACGUUUGCAGCAGCCAUGUGUGUGUCAGGCAGCAGACAGGGCAGUGUGGUGGUGUACAGAGCAGGACAGUACCCUCUCCAGCCCCUGGGGCCUGUCACAUUCCUCUGGAGACCCAGAACGCAGGGCCGGGGGGGCCAGGAGGACCAGGGCUCCCAGGGAUCAACACACAGACAGCUGUGGAUCUGGGCUCACCCCACCAUGAAAACGGACCUCCUCCCAGAGCUGCAGGCUGUCUGUCAGUGUUCUGAGGCUGUCCUUCCACCUGCUCCAGUGGACCUCCCUGUCCCACAGCCAGCCCCUACCCCCACCUUGGCCCCCGGUCCUGGGGCUGGUCCUGAGGCGGUGCAGGCCUCUGGUUCUGGUUCUAAGAGGAAGUGGUCCUCCAGGGAGCCUGAGGCUGCUGGGCCACCAGCCAAGAAGCUCCUGGGAUGCAGUACCAUUUCUGCUACCACACCCGUAACCUGGAGGUCCAGUACCACUGGUAUAGUCAUCAGGUGGGUUCUGACUGGUACCACUGGUCUAGUCAUCAGGUGGGUUCUGACUGGUACCACUGGUAUAGUCAUCAGUGACCUCACCAUGGAGAUGGUGCGGUAUCGUCUGAUUGGACCUCUAUCACAUUCCGUUCUGACUGAAACCCUGGCCCCUGCCACACACACUGAUGCUCCAGGUAAAUCCAGACCAUCUCCCUUCUGGUGGCCAGAUCACUGCAGAGACGACUGUAACAUGUCUCUUCAUCAACAACAAGCUGGUGUCUUCAACAUGCUCAGAGGUGUGUACUCCACAGCGGAGGUCCCAGCCGGCUCAGUUCUGGGUCUGACAGUGGAUGACCCCAGAUUGACCUUACCAAACAAGAGAAGCAAGGCCGUGUCCGACAUCAGGAAGGCACAAGGAGUGAACGAGGAGAGGAGGAGGGAACUGAUGUUGAAGGGGAUCCCUGAACCCCUCAGCCAGAGUUCCCUGUGGGACCGGUCUGUCCGUGACAACGUCACACACAACAAGAUGACAGACCAGGAAGUAAACAGACUACGUAAUGAUGUUCUGGUCCCAGGCUCCAGACUCCCCACCCCCCUGCAGGGUAGAGUACCCGUCCUACUGUUGCAGCAGUCUGGGAAGAGCCAGGGCACAGAGAUGGGGUCCUGGGGGGCGGGAUGGGACCUGCUGCUACCCAAGGCCUGGGGCAUGGCCUUCUGGGUUCCUCUGGUUUAUAGAGGAGUACGUAUCGGAGGGCUGAGGAUGAGCCUGAAACACACCCAGAAUAAAGGAGAGCCUCACUUUCCCCACGACUACCCAGACUGCCCUGCAGGAGCACGCUUCCAGGAAGAGCAGGAGGCUGAGCUGCUGGCCAAGUUCAGGAG